UUUGAACCGGUGGGUCGAAGACGACGGGAAGCUAAAGGAAACAACAACAACAGCAAUGAAGACGAUCAGCAGGAGCGACUUGAAAACAGUGAAUGGUGUACUUGCGAAAAUUGCCAAAUAAUGGAUAGAGCUGUAGAGUGUAAGUGUUGUCAGGAGAUCGCCCAAGUUAAAGCGAAGCUUCGUGAGGCAGUCGAAGUGGAUGGCUUGAAAGAGGAGCCGGCCUGUAUUACCUCCCAUCCUGGCUUCCUAGCCGUUUGUACGAACCGAUGGGUUCUUCAAGCGGCUUGGUAUCAAUACAGGCCGCAUUACGGUGGUAAUGCAGCUGAGGUUCCUCUUCAUAAGCGGAAUCGACAUAUUGCCUACCGGCAACUAGUUCGCUGGUGUUGGGGCAUUCUGGGCAAAGAAAUACGAAUUGUUCUCCCUUCAUGCACUGUCAGGUGUAUUAGAGCUCAUUUUCCUCCCCCAGGUUUGGAAGAAGAUUUUGUAUUUACUGGUUUUAAAUAUGCAGAUGAAUAG